AUGUGUAAAGCUAUAUGGACAAACUUAAGGAUAACUUAUAUGCCAGAACCAAAACAAGAAGAUUGGUUGAAAAUUGCAGAUACUUUUUUGAACGUGACAAAUUUCCCUAACUGUAUUGGGGCAAUCGAUGGGAAGCAUAUCCGCAUUGUAAAGCCAGCACAUAGCGGAUCUUUGUACUAUAACUACAAACAUUUUUUUUCAACCGUUUUGUUAGCUGUAUGUGAUGCAAAUUAUUGCUUUAUAGCAGUGGAUAUAGGAGAUUACGGUAAAAAUAGUGACUCGUCGAUCUUCAAAAAUUCUACAUUUUAUCGGAAACUUUUCAAAAAAGAACUCAAUAUUCCAGAAAAUACUCCACUACCACAAAGCAAUGGAUCAAAAUUUCCGUUUGUUAUUGUAGGAGACGAAGCCUUUGGUUUAUCUCAAAAUGUAAUGAGACCUUACGGAGGAAGACAUUUAUCUACGAAAAAAAAACCAUUAAACGUAUCUGAAGAAUUCGCAGACGACAUUAUUAAAGCAUGUGUAAUUUUACACAAUUUCGUUCGUAUUCGGGAUGGAAAUACGUUGGAAUUUGAAGACACAUUAUCUUACGAAGGACUUUUAGAUGAAGACAUAUCGCCAGAUAAUACAUCGGGAAAAGCAGCUACGAAUCUACGAGAUGAUUUCACUGACUACUUCAUGGGCGCAGGAGAAGUUCCUUGGCAAUACGAAAGUAUCAAGAAAUAA